GACCGCACCAUCAAACCAUACAUUGAUUAUGCCUGAGGGAGAUAUGCAUGUAGCCGGGGUGAUGCUAACACCGGUUGUGGCAGUAGGUAAUUGAAGAUUACUACCGGCUACCUCCACUCAUCUACUUAUCGUUGAUACUGCCGAAAUAAUGCAUGUGGGAGAAUGUGAUCAUGAACGGCCCAACAUCGUCCCUUCCAAAUUCUCCAAAGAAUGAAAACAAUGUUAGCUAGAUCACUUUUAGAAAGGUUCAUGGAAAAGAAAAGAUGUGGCCAGGCCUCGUCGGGAGCCAUUCCACCAAGAAUAUUACUCAUGCCUUCAAGGUGUGCCAAUUUCCAAAGUCCUCGAGCUAUGCUGCAGGUAAAGAAAAGGUGGGAAAAAGAUUCUGGAUCCCUGGAGAAAAUAGGACAUAUUGUGUUAGGAACAAGGGUUUUAGUGAAUAACACUAUCUACAGAGACAAAAAUCCACGGACGACUCUCCAAAAGAAGAACUUCAGUUUGGGCGGCACGAUAAUGCUCCAAAGGAGUUUCCAGAAUCGAGUGUCAAAAGGUAGAACCACCGGGGGAUGUCGAAGGUUGAAUUCAGAAGACAGAAGAUGAUAUCUUGACUUAACAGUGUAAAUACUGGAAGGAGAGUAAUGCCAUACCAAACGAUAAGUCGAGUAAGAAAGAGAGGGGGGGGGGGGGGAUUGGACAAAAUGAGGUCAACACUCUAUUGAAUAAACAGAGUGGUUAAUAGAUCCUUCUUCAAAGCAUUAGAAACAUGAAAAAUGAGAUCCAAGACAAAAGGAGGGCAGCCACUCAAACCUGGUUGUAACAUAGGGGAAGAAGGAGGUGACGAAGGAAGCCAGUUAUCCUGUAUAGUUUGGAUCCGAGAUCAAUCUACAACCUGCCAUCAUAGCCCCUGAGGAAUAGGCCUCUCCCUUUCAAGAUGUCUUGCCAUGCCCACGAAGGUCGGAGCCUGCUGUAGCAUCAAGAAAUAGUCGAUGAGGAUGGUACCGAGCUUGAUAGAUCCGGGCUAGAUAGCUGGAUGGAUUCCAGAGGAUGCACCACGCCUGCUUAGCUAGCAAAGCAAAAUUAAAACGAUUAAAAUCCCGAAAACUAAUUCUCCUUCAAACUUACUCUGACAGAUAGCACUCAAAGAUAUCCAGUGGAUGCCAUUCUUCUUGUCUUGCCCUGCCCACCAAAACUUAGACAACUGACUGUUACAUUUGCGACAAGGGAAAAUAUCAAAAAAUUAUUUGGGACCCACGAGGAAAACUAUAAUUAGGUGACCAAAUUCGAUUUCUUCUUUCGUGGCAGGCUAGCAGCACAAUAGCUAGCGAUCAUCUCAGAAGGAAAACGUCAUUGUCGAUUGGACUGUGAAAUAAAGAAGUGUUUUGACUGCAUAAUUAACCAUUUUCCUUGAAAAGAAAUAUGCAAAAACGUGUUUUUGUGCACUUUUCAUAGUUUUUAAUACUUUUGACUUUGAAUGUUUUUGCACACUACAUGCUUUGAAACUUAUGAGUGUUUAUGAAACUGAAGAGUAAAAACGUACGUUAUUGCGCUUUCAUACGCGGCUUUAUACCAAACUAAUUGUAAUGGUUGUAUUUUGAGUUCUAGUCAUUGUUUUGGUAAGUGUAGUACUUAGUGUUUGUAGUUGUAAGACCUUCUAUGGCUAGAUGUCCAUGCUAGCUGACUCGUUCUAACUACAACAUCCCAAUCGACGGUCAAGUUUAACCGUCGAUCGGGUGUAGCAUAGGGUAAGUAAGCAAUAAGAAUUUAUCGUACCAUGGGGAUCUAGGUUUACCCUACUUCAGGUUCAGGGUUCGUUAUCUAGCCAACCUAGGAUGGUGAUUAGAAGAAUUAAACUAACUAACUUAGCUAACCACUAACCGAGCUAUUUACAAGGUUGGGAGCUCUCUUGGGUUGAAUCGUCCUAGGUCCGUUCUUUGAUCGAUGUUGGGUAUCCUCCUAGCUCGAUCGACUCAAAUACACUACCAUUUGGAGAUGGAAUCCCUCGGGAAUGACCCAAAACGGCGAAUCGAUGGAUGGGUAGUGCUCUAUUCAACCUAGGGUUUCGUAUAAUUCUAGGCGACCGAUCGAAUCAACUCCCCCGGGGACUACCCGAACAAUCUAUGAUAGGAGUGACCCGAAGACGCCAAGGAAGGGGCUCUAAGGGGAUUAUCCCACUCCUAGGUCAAAAGCUCAAAGCAUGAAAAUGGAAACCACACUCAUGCCACUCAUGAAAACAUCCAUCAAUUAAGUAAAAUCAUCAAACAAACAUGUAAUGUGUCA